AUGUUGCGUGCUGAACCGAAUAUAUUGGUGACUGGAACACCGGGCUGUGGCAAAAGCAUCCUUGCCGAACAACUAGCGGUUCGAAGUGGCCUAACGUACGCCAGCGUGGCGAAAAUUGCGGCCAACAACAACUUUUAUGAGGAGUAUGACGAGAACUACGAGUGCUACGUUUUAGACGAGGAGAAGUUGGUCGACUACAUGGAAGAUCAGAUGGACCGCGGUGGCAAUAUCGUUGAUUACCACGGCUGUGAUCUGUUCCCGCAAAGAUGGUUCGAUGCAGUGUUCGUUCUCAGGACCGACAACACCGUUCUCUACGACAGAUUGAUGCGACGAAAUUACAACCCCAAGAAACUCCAGGAAAACAUCGAGUGCGAAAUAUUCGGUGUCCUAUACGAGGAAGCAGUACAGUCCUAUGACCCGACGAUUGUCUAUCAGUUGCAGAACGACACAUUCGAAAAUCUGGAAAUAAACAUCGAUAGAAUCUGCGAGUGGAUACAAAAUUGGCGAAAUCAAGUUCGAUAG